ACUUUGACAGGCGGUGAAUGGGCAGGGAUGGGAUUGAUUGAGGUACAGCCAAUCGGCCUGUUACGAACAUCCGCCGCCGAAUCAUUGCCAACGACGUAUGCCUUACAAACGGCGAUCAGCCUUGUCACCGCUUCAAUCUAUAGUGUCCACACGGGGUUCGACGAACUUUAAAAGGCGUCGGGCAUCAACGCGUUGCCGGAAGCAACGAGGUGCAGGAGUCUAGACGCCAUGCGACCUGCGUCAAGGCAACUGGGUCGCAAUGUCCAGGACAGCUCGAUACCUUAUGUAGUGCCCAUGGCCCAGUGCGAGCUGUUGAACCCCUCCAGUCCUCUGCGUGCUCCCCCACCACCUGCUGUCAACAUCGUUGAGACAUUGAAGAUGCCUCCAACCCAGCGGGAAAGGCGUCGGCUCAACCUACAAGCACGUCCCAAUAGGUAUUACAACACUACCCCUCCUUACAAUCAUACCCGUCAUAUCUGUGGAUCAGUUUCUGGCGAGAAUGCCGCUGUCGAGCACCUCGAUCGCAUGCGGGAUAAACACAGCAACAAGAUACCACCAGGGCUCAACACAUGGGAUGCUGCAGCACUAGCUUGGUCGGCAGAAUAUGGCCCAAGCAUCCGCACGUGGCCCCAGGCGCAGCAAAGCCUCGACCUGCUGGCGUGGUGGGCGGCGCAGGCAUUCCGGCGCGACAUGCUCGUCGAAGGCCCUAUCAGCAAGGUGGGCGUGGCCAUGCUCACGAGGCCCAACGGCUCUACGCGAGUGGUUUUCGGAUUCACCGCGACCAAGCAGCCGGGUUGGGAGGUGGUGGGUCAGCGACAAUCGCGAGUCAAUCGGGUGAUGAGGUCUUGCAUGGCCAUUGGCAUCGCGGAACCGCGCCUUGAGGACACAGCGAACAGCAGGCCGGGGAGCUGUGUUGAGACGUUCACCUUUCCUCUCGUUCUCGCGCAUGAGGGCAGGGCAAGGGAGAUUGGGGGAACGCUGAGGACGAUAGUUCGCAGCUUUGGACCCGGUGGCGCGAUGACAUUGGGCAUGUGUGACAACUGUAAAAGGUAUGCCAGAAUGCUGAGGGAGGGUUGUCCUCGUCUGGUAAUAGUGGAUGCGGGGGAGAAUGUUAGAAGAUGAAUGAUGAUGGGGAGUGGCAUCCAUUGCCGACGCCGCGUGGACCGGAUUGGGGAAGGCUCGAUGGGGAUUGGCGCUAGGGGCUGGACUAUCUCAUCCGCAAUGCUGUAAUGAACCAUCUUAACUGCAGACCUGCACAUCAC